AUGGCUCCCCUUCCGCAAAGCCCUUCGUCAAGGCGUGUCAAUCCGUUUAGUAGAGGGUCCCCGUCUCCCUCCCCGCACUCUCCUCAAGCAGCUCCGACUCCAUCAUCAGCCAGCGCCAGGCCUAAGUCUGUUGCAUUCGCCACUCCGGUUUCAAUAGAGCAAUAUGGGCAUAGCCGUAAUGCGUCAUUCUCGCCCGUGAGCUCAGGAAUAUUUGUACCUUCACAUACCAGACAGCGCUCAAAUUCAAGAACCAACCUAGCAACUUCGAAUACCUUUGCUCCUCAAUUCAUAAAAUCGGAAGAGCUACGAAGGGGCGCUGAUCAAAUCCGUGGGAUUGAGGGUGAUAACGACUUUUCGGGGAAAAGAUAUGUUUGGCUGAGUGACCCGGAGAAGGCUUUCAUCAAGGGGAUGGUCCUGGAUGACACACAGGAUGGACAUUUAUUAGUCCAAUGCGAUGACGGCAGUCAACGGGAGGUCGAUUCCGAGAGCGUCGAUAAAGUCAAUCCUGCAAAGUUCGACAGAGCAGACGAUAUGGCUGAGCUUACCCAUUUGAAUGAAGGCUCUGUCGUUCAUAAUUUGCUUACACGCUAUAAAUCAGACUUAAUAUAUACAUACUCAGGCCUCUUCCUGGUUACUGUUAAUCCUUACUGUCCACUGCCCAUCUACACAAACGAAUACGUGAAGAUGUAUAACGGUCGAUCACGGGAAGAAACACGUCCCCAUAUCUUUGCCAUGGCGGAUCAAGCAUUUCGAAAUCUUGUUGAAGAGGGGCGGAACCAGAGUAUUCUAGUCACCGGUGAGUCUGGAGCUGGCAAGACAGAAAACACAAAGAAGGUCAUCCAAUACCUUGCAGCUGUUGCAUCUUCCCCAGAGGGUUCACAAGGCCGCUUGACCAGCAAACAAAAUUCCAACCUUUCCCAACAAAUAUUAAGGGCGAAUCCAAUACUUGAAGCGUUCGGCAAUGCUCAAACUGUGAGAAAUAACAACUCAUCUCGCUUUGGAAAAUUCAUUCGAAUUGAAUUUUCACGGGCCGGUCAGAUAUCAGGGGCCUUCAUCGAUUUUUAUCUCUUGGAAAAAUCCCGUGUCGUGAAGGUUAAUUCUCAAGAGCGAAGCUAUCACAUAUUUUACCAACUUCUCCGUGGUGCAGACAAGGAAUUGAGGCACCAUCUCCAGCUAAAUGAGCUGGGUAUUGAGGAUUUUUGGUACAUACGUGAUGGGAACGACUCGAUUUCAGGUGUUUCCGAUCUUGACGAAUGGAAUAACCUUAUGGAAGCGUUCAGUAUCAUGAACUUUUCGGGUAACGAUCAAUUGUCCAUUCUGCGAACCGUGGCUGCAGUUAUGCAUCUGGGAAAUGUCACCGUGACCAAGGAAAGCCUGCGCGCAGACCAAGCGACACUGACACCUGAAGGUUAUGAAAGUGCUGCAAAAGCUUGUCAGCUUUUGGGCAUCCCGAUAGAUCCGUUUGUGAAGGGCCUGCUCCACCCAAAAGUAAAAGCUGGAAGGGAGUGGGUAGAGAAAGUUCAAACCCCUGAACAAGUACGACUUGCCCUCGAUGCGCUGGCAAAAGGUAUCUACGAAAGGGGAUUUGCAGAUCUUGUGAGUCGAAUCAACAAGCAACUAGAUCGCAGUGGGACAGCAGGCGAUGAUAGUUGCUUUAUCGGGGUUCUCGAUAUUGCAGGCUUCGAAAUUUUCGAGACCAAUAGCUUUGAACAACUCUGUAUAAAUUAUACCAACGAAAAGUUACAGCAGUUUUUCAACCACCACAUGUUCGUGCUAGAACAGGAGGAGUACGCCAGGGAGCAAAUCGAAUGGCAGUUCAUUGAUUUUGGAAAGGAUCUUCAACCCACCAUCGACCUUAUCGAACUUCCUAAUCCGAUCGGAAUAUUCUCUUGCUUGGAUGAAGAUUGCGUGAUGCCAAAAGCUACUGAUAAAUCAUUUACUGAAAAACUUCAUUCGUUGUGGGACCGGAAAUCUCCAAAAUAUCGUUCUUCCCGACUAAACCAAGGAUUUAUCCUCACCCACUAUGCCGCCGAAGUGGAGUAUUCCACUGAGGGAUGGCUAGAGAAGAACAAGGAUCCCCUCAACGAUAAUGUCACCCGACUAUUAUCUUCGUCAAGUGAUAAACACAUCGCCAACCUUUUUGCUGACUGGGCUGAAGUCGACGGAGAACAUGAAGUGUCAAAGAGCCGUGUUAAAAAAGGAUUAUUCCGCACUGUUGCCCAAAGACACAAGGAGCAACUUUCGAGUCUCAUGGCUCAACUACAUUCUACACAUCCUCAUUUUGUUCGUUGUAUCUUGCCCAAUCACAAAAAGAGACCCAAGCUAUUUGAUGGCCCUUUGGUACUGGAUCAACUCCGCUGCAAUGGUGUACUGGAAGGUAUUCGAAUUGCCCGUACCGGAUUUCCCAACCGCCUUUCGUUCACAGAGUUUCGACAGCGGUAUGAGGUUCUUUGUCCUCUGAUGGCAAAAGGAUACCUUGACGGACAAAGCGCGGCUAGCCUUAUUGUUGAGAACCUGGGGCUAGACAAGUCGCUGUAUCGUAUUGGUCUGACAAAGAUGUUCUUCAGAGCUGGUGUUCUUGCAGAGCUCGAAGAGCAAAGAGACACUCUAAUACGUGACAUCAUGACAAGAUUCCAGUCUGUUGUCAGAGGGUUUGUCCAGAGGCGCAUUGCAAACAAACGGCUAUACCGUACAGAAGCCACUCGUAUCAUCCAGCGUAACUUCCACGUCUACCUCGAUCUAAAAUCAUCCCCAUGGUGGACAUUGUUUGUACGGAUGAAGCCACUUCUUGGAGCAACACGAACUGCUGGGGAAGUGAAAAAACGCGACGAGCAAAUCAAACAACUUGAGGAGAAAGUACGAAAUGACAUUGCAGAGCGCCAAAAGUUAGAGGAGGAGCGCCGGAGGGCAGACGUAGAAGUGCAAAGGAUAAGAAAGACUCUCGAGAGUGAACGCGCGCUGGCCUUGGAUAAAGAGGAAAUUUUCAAACGACUCCAAUUUCGAGAGAUCGAGCUCAGCGAAAAGCUAGCCGGCGCGAUCGCUGAUCAAGAGAGCUUGGAGGAUCAGAUGGAUGUGCUGAUAGCAUCCAAAAAGAAAACUGAGGAGGAGCUGGAGCUUCGACGUUCGCAGCUUGAGCAAGCAGCGCAGAUAAUCAGUCGCCUUGAAUCUGAGAAGAAAGAACUCCAAGGACAAAUCACUGAACUUGAGAAACAGUUACAAGAUAUUGAGAACAAUCACCAAAAGCGAGAUAGCGAGGUUGAUAAACUGUCUCAGGAAGUCAAGAUGCUCAAUAGCCACCUAAGCUUAAAGGAGCGGAAAUUACAAGAUCUCGAAGCUAAACUUCUCAAGUCAGACCAGAACCUGGACAUCAAGCUGGCGGACGCGACCAAAGAACUCCAGUUUUCGAGGAAGCAAGUUAAAGAUCUUGUAGAAGAAAACAGAUCAAUUCGCCAACAGAUCUCCGAUCUAUCCUCCACAUCGACCGGGUAUGAGGAAUUAGUCAGACGAAAGGAGGGGGAGAUUUCUAUCCUUCGUGGAGAUGUGAAAAAGUUGGAGUCGGAGAAAAUAACCCUGGAAGCCGAAAAGCAAACCCUUACACACCGACACAGUGACAUGCAACAACGACUCCGUGAGCUCCAGGCACAAACGGAUGUUAUGACGUCGGAAAAGAAGAACCUGGAACGCGAGGCUGCAGAUGUCAAGAAGCUAUUAGAAGCCAAGAUCUCCGAAGAUGCUGAGGCUGGGCAAUGUCGCAAAUUGCUUGAUCAACAAGUCAAGGAUCUCAAGGAGCAACUGUAUGCUGUUCAAGCUGAUCUUAGCCGUGAGAGGCAAUCAAGAGACGAUGUGCAAAUACUCGGUGAACAUAAACAUGCCCAACUCCAACAGGAAUUUGACAUCCUUAACGAAUCGAAGAUUACUAUAGAGAAAGAAAUGUAUAUCCAGCAAGACACAUUGCGGCGAGCUACCGAAGCGCGAGCAGCAGCUGAGGCAUCCUGCAAAGAGUUGCAGAAGGAACUCAUCAAUCUACGAGAACGUUUCACCAAGGUUGAGCGUGCGCAUUUGGAUUCCGAAACCGCAAUUGAAAAGAAAAUUGUAGCGCAAGCAAGUGAACGGCAAGCAAGUUUACGGCGAGACCUUGCGGCAAAAUCCAACGAACUUGACGAAGUCGAAAAAGAGCGUGCUCGCCUUGCUGCGCAGGUGCAGGACCUCACGCGAACCAUGGCCGAAUCCGAGGCCUUCCGGGUUCGUCAUGAUCAGCAUAAGGAGCGCCUAGAGCGCGAACUCGUGACAAUCAAAGGAAGGCUCGCUGCCUCGGAAAAUGACAACAGAGCCCUUCUUAACAAAAUCCAGCAGAAAAACCUUGACAUUGCUCGUUCAAAUUCCCGGGCUAGUGAUACGCAACGAUCGAGGAUGGUGCAGAUCCAGAAUGAGAAGAGUCGGUUGGAGGAAGUGAACAAGCAGCUUUUACAACAGCUGGGCGAUGCCCAACUAUCCAUCACCGCACUUGAAAAACAAAAGGAAAAGCUGGCUCUAAGCGUUGAAGAUCUCAACCAUGAGGUUACCAGAGAACAUAAGGCAACAAGAAGUGCGGAGAAAGCAUCAUCAGCAUCCAAUAUCCAGCUUGCUGAGGCCAACAGAAACCUUGAAACCGAAAGGCAGCUGAGAAUCCAGGCCCAAGCCAACACGCGCAAACUUCAAGCUUCUGUUGAUCAAGCAAAUAAAGAACUUCAAGAUUGCCAUCAGCAGCUUAUACUUCUCCAUAAGGUAUUCAACCCUGAAGCUGAUGAAAACCCCAGUUCCUGGGAGGCGGUCAAACCGAACUUGUCCAAGAGUGUGGAUAUGGCAGCAGUGUUGGAGUCAGUACAAAACAAGCUUAGAGUUACUGAAGAGAAAUGCGCUCGCGCUGAAAGCCAACUAGCUGAAAUGCGUCGACGCCACGCGGAUGAAAUGGCUGAGCUUGAUGCUCGUUAUUCCUCUUCCAAACGGGCACUUCUUGAAGAGAUCGAUCAAAAUCAAGUUGCAGUGUCGCGUUCGCCGAAUCAUUUCAAGAAGAAUUCCGAUCCUGUCAAGCGCUACUCAAACCCCUGCACACCAAACAAUCGCCGAUUUAAUUUCAAUGAUGGCGCCAAUGAUUCUGGUCGAUCUGAUAGAACUGUGGACACUGUGGCUUUUCAGAAGCGAAUGGAUACUGCUGCUGAAAUCGAAUUGCUUCAAAAUCAACUUCAGCUCACUGAGAUGCAGAAUCGGCAACUCCAAAGUCAGCUUGAGAGGUCAAGCCCGGCAUGGGAUUCGUGGCAAGAUGAGAGCCCUUCGAUCCGACGAAUGCAGCUUCUUGAGCGUGAAAAUGGACGUCUUCACGAAAAGCUUGACGACUCCGCGAAGAAAGUGUCAGCGCUGGAACGUAGUAUUCAAUCUGGAGAGCUGACCCUCCGAGAUGUCCAAGCCAGAUCUCAUGAAGAACUCUACGACCUGCUCAACUCUCAGGAACAGUCAAGAAAAUCGCUUCUGCACGCUCAUAAGAGUGCGCUGGCCGAUCUAACAGACGCAAAAGGCCAGUUGGACAAGAUCAAGCAUUCAAGGGUAAGCCUUGAAGUCGAGCUACGGGAUGCUACUUCCGAGUUGAAAGAAUUGCAGCUUGCCAGGGAACAAGAUGCGGCCGGUCGGUCUCAAUUGCUCCAGGAGUUUGCAGACCUCCAAAUUAGAUUGGAUGCUGAAACUUCCAAGGUCAGCGACUUGACCUCCAGCCUCGAGCUCUACAAGGGUCGCGCCGAUGAAUACUUUGGAAAGCUUGAACAGGCUGAAAUCGCUGUCUUGAAAGCUAGUCGCGCCGAACAGUUUGCCAAAGCGCAAGCCAAGGAGGCAGAAGAUACAUGCGCAACCAUUAUGGCAGAACGGAAACAAAUGGAUAGCCUCAUUGAAGAUUUACAACGCCAGACGCAAUCCUAUGAAGAAAAGGUCGAAGAUCUCGCUGCUGAUCUGGACGCGGCAUUACAAGCAAAGAGGAGGCUACAAAAUGAAUUAGAAGAUUAUAGAAGCCAACGCGCCAUGGACAUCGAAGACAAGGAAAUUUCCUUAGAGCAAACCAGGAAGAAAUAUCAGAUGGAAUUCUCAACUUUGACUAAUGAACUCGAGAUCGAGCGUGAGAAUGUGCUCCAUAUCCGAGGGGAAAAUGCUCGAUUGCGUGAAGAAAUUGAGGAGCUCCGAUCCAAGUGGGAUGACGAAGUCUUGAAUAGCUCUACCUGGGCGAAGGAGAAGUCACGUUUGGAAUUGACUUUGCGUGAUCUAUCGAUUUCACGAGACGAGGCCGUUAAUGCACAUAAUGAUGCGCAAAGCAAAAUAGUUACUUUGUUAUCCCAAGUCCGCGGCCUGCGAACAUCGGUAGAUGAUAUUUCCAGUGAGCGUGAUGCACUACUCAAGGAGAAGAGGACUCUUGAAGCGCGCCUCAAUGAAGCGUCAGAUCGCUUGGCUGAACUUGCACAAGGAGAAAAUCCUUCUGUUCGCAAUGCUGCUGAGAUAGAUCGGGAACUCCUUGAAUUAAGAACUAAACUUGCUCAGCAGGAAGACUUAUCUUCAGCCGCUGUUGGAAAGAUGAGGCGAGCAGAAGCCCUGGCAACUGAAAUACAGAAGGAAAUUGUUGCUGAACGUGAAUCAAAUGCUCAGCUCUUCAAGGAAAAGGCAGCCCUAGAGAAGCAGCUGAAGGAGGCACAGUUGAAGUGCGUUGAUUUAGAAACUAAAGGCUACACUUCUCCUAGCCAGGAUGUGAGAUUUUUGCAUAAACGUAUCCAAGAGCUCGAAACCCAGUUGGAUGAACAAGAAUCCAAGCGAAAUGCUGAUCAACGAUCAAUCCGCAAUGUUGAUCGCACUGUCAAGGACCUUCAAUCUCAGAUUGACCGCCGUGACAAAAUGAAUGCGCAAUUAUCUGAGGAUAUUUCCAAGUCCCGUGACAAGAUCGAACGGCUCCUCAAGACCAUUGAAGAGCUUCAGUCAAGCGAUUCUGAAAACCAACUCCAGGCACGACGAGCCGAAAGGGAACUACGUGAAGAGAGAGAGAAAUCUCUACGACUUGAGCGAGAGCUAGAGGCCUGGAAGGGUUUGCGGGUGGAGCGAGGCAGUGCAACUGGUCGCAGCGGGACUGCGAUUGGAUUGAGUGAAGUGGGUGAUCGAUUCGGUGGUGUCAAUGUGAGUCGCCGCGGUAGUGGCGUCUUUGUAGGUCCGGGACCAAAUGGCCCUAUCGAAGUUCCUCAACGAAAAUUGAGUAACUCGAAAGGAUUCCUAUGA